AUGGGUUAUGCCUCAGUUAUGACCAUACCAGUCCUCAAUUUCUCUGGAGACUUGAAGCCAGGAACUGAGAGAUGGAGAACACUAGCACGAGCGGUGCGACAAGCUCUAGAAGGCAUAGGGUGUUUCGAGGCCGUCUAUGAUACUGUGGUCCCUGAGUCUUUGCAGAAGGAAAUGUUCUCUGCUAUGAAAGAACUCUUCGAACUUCCGCAGGAAACGAAGGUGAAAAACCGAUCUGAGUACCCACUCCGUGGAUAUCUUGUGCCUUACCCUCGGGCUCCAUUGUACGAGGCCACUUGCAUCGACCAUGUCGACCAGUCGGAGAAUGUUGAGCAAUUCACCAACCUGAUGUGGCCCCAAGGAAAUUCCAAGUUCAGCGAAACGGUGAAGACCAUAACAAAGAAGGCAACAGAGUUGAAUAAAAUGAUCCAGGUAAUGAUUUGGGAGAGUUAUGGUGUGGAGAAAUACUUCAAUGACCUUGACACAUUCACAAAUUACAAUGUUCGCAUGAUGAGAUACAAGGCCCCCAAGGGAGACGAAAAAAUGGAUGCUCUCAACGUUCACACGGACAAGAACAUGGUAACCCUACUGUACCAAGACCAAGUCGGUGGUCUGGAGUUGCAAUCUAAAGAUGGUUCCUGGAUACCAGUGCUCCCUUCCGGAAACUCUUUCGUCGUCAUGAUAGGCGAUGUUUUCAUGGCACUGAGCAAUGGUAGGCUUCAUCCGGUUACACAUCGAGUGAUGUUAAAGGGACGCGAGGACAGAUAUUCUUAUGGGCUAUUUUCUGUCCCAACUCAUCAUGUAAUUGUUGAUGCACCCGAAGCGCUCGUGGAUGAAGACCACCCUAAGGUUUUUAAACCUUUCGAUUACACUGAAUUCUUCAACAAAUACUUCCUCAACCUGAGAAAUCAGAAAGAGUAUGGACUUAAGGAAUUUGCAGGCAUCUGA